AUGAGGGACGAGGAUGCGCGGGACGAGGAUGUACAGUGCGCGAGGGCGCGGGGCUCGCGCGGGCGUCUGACGGACGCGUGCACGUACCAGCGGCGGUGGAUGCACAUCAACGAUCAGGAAACGCUGCAAGAGCUCAGCGACGACAUUGUUCAAGUCCGUAACGCCUCUGAUGUAUCUUCCAACGAGGAGAUGGUGCGCGCGUGGGACCAGUGGGACGAGACGAGGACGGCGACUUUGCGCAUGGACAAGUCAUCUCGAACGAUACAAAGUGGAUUUUACCCGAUCGGCCAUGACGCCCUCAUUGACCUCGUUGAUGGCUGGGGCCCUUUUGCGCCUCAAUCUCCAUUCAAAUUGGAUCAACUGUCUCUCGGGCAGCUGUCUGAAAUUGCGUUCCUUUUCGGGGGCGUUGGAGACGGUCGACACGUCCUCAGCACCCUUUGCGGUCUGCACGUUGCGUAUAGAGAGCUUGACAAGAAGAAGCGGAAGAAGUUCCACGCCCACUUUACUCUUCUCGACAUUCACGGCGGCAUGUUGGCUCGCGAUAUCUCCAUUCUUCUUCUCAUAGACCAACUUACCCGAAGCAUGAGCGCAACUGCACGUGCGGAGAUAAACGCGACGCUGAUGUACACGUUUUGUGGUGUGGUUAUGCCGUCAUACUGCUAUGACAGAAUGCAAGUCCUCUGGAAGGACUUGGAGAAGCGCCUUUCCGCCACGCCCCCGGAUCUCCCUACGUGGCUCCAUGUCGCACCUGAAGCGAUCGGUGCGGUGUUACAGGUUCUUAAGUUUUGGAUAAACGAACAGAAGUCGACAAAGGAGCUCCUCGAUAGACAUGCGCAUAUGACUCUGCAAGGACGCUUGUUUCAACAAGUCGGAUCUCUAGCAACGCAUGCAGACGACGCGAACGACACGCAGGAGAAGAUAUCGACACGACGCGAGCGCCUGAAGCAGCACUAUCUGGCCAUCUCGGAUGAAGAGCUCAUGGCCACGCCAUUCGGGAGUUCGGGACAACCAAUCGCACACGCACGCGUGUUAUGGAACAACGUGGUCGAUAAAAUGGUGGACAAAGCACUUAAGGAGAGGACGCCGGAACUUGUUCCACUCGAACAUGCAUGGUAG